AUGUUCAGCGCUAAUGAAGACAUUGGAAUCGCGCUGGCAGGGGUUUACCCUGAUUGCCGAGCUCUGAAAGAUUACGCAUGCAACGAGGCUGUGAAAUACCUCAAAGACUAUCGACAACCAAUGCCAAUCCAGAAACUUGCCAACGCGCUAGCUGAAUAUGUCCAUGUCUUCACGCUUGGUAUCAGUCGACCAUUCGGUGCAUCGGCUUUUUUCACUUCGUGGAAUGAGAAGGAUGGUGGCAAAUUGUUUUUGGUGGAGCCGUCUGGACUUUGCUACGAAUAUAAAGCGUGGGCUGCUGAAAUCGAAAAACUCAAACUGGAAGAAUACGAUAUGAAAGAUUGGGUGAAAGAAGCUGCACGGAUCAUCAUGGCCAUCCGCGAUGAGAAUAAGGAUAAGGACGUGCAAAUAGAACUGGGAUGGGUGGGGGAACACACCGAAGGAAAACAUCAGACAGUACCGGCCGAUGUUGUAAGUGCUGCUGAAGAAUGGGCUCAUGCGAAACUUGAUGAAGAUGAUAUGGAUGAAUAG